AUGCUUCUCGAAAGUAUUGGUCUAGCCAGAUCUCAUCGUGGUUCUCGACAUGCUCUUUCACACUUAAGUAGUCAUCAAGGUUCAACAUCCGGCUGCUACGAUAUUCGCCAUGAGAAGAAUGGUGGAAACUUCAAGAAUGGGAAACCACUCACCCCCUCGACGGGGUUGUCUUUACCUUUACUCCAACGAAAUCAUUCUAGUCCAGAUGGAAGAUAUUUGGAAGGAUCAGGUGGUCUGGAAGCCCUUGCAAUGGGAGGAAUAGGCCCAAGAUCUAGAAGUAUUGGCCAAAACCCCGGGGGUCUUGAAGCUCUCAGACUCGGUAGACAAGAUCCUCGCGAUCGAAAUCAUAUCUUGGGCACAACACCACUGGGUCUAGAAGAUUUUGAAGAACUCGAUAGAAGGAGAUUGCAAUCAAAUUUAGGUUCGGAUCAACAUGGGACAUUCGAACGUCUGAUAAAUCGCAACAUGACAUCCAGAUCAUUGAAUCAAGGACAUCCCAAUCCAAGCCGUCAACAUCAACAGGAAGAUUUUUAUCCGGAUUUUAGCCUUCAAAGGCCUCGAUACUACAGCCCUCGCACCCCAGUUUUACGAACACAAUUCCAGGACCUAGGACCCGGUCCUCCCGAAUAUCUCAUGACGCCAGAAUAUCAGCCAGCCGCAUACUACCCCAAUUCUCCACGUCUACCCCAACGUUCUACACCUAGAAUGAUGUACGACGAGCGAAAUGAAAUAGCAAUGAGGAGUCCCCAUCCCCACCACAGCAAUCUCCACCAAAGUCCCAAUCCUCUGAUGUACGGUGAAAUGGACAGUCCUCUUACAUCGUCCCGGUAUGGAUCUAUUCACUCUCGUUCUCCUUUAGGGGUGGGAAGCAAUGCAGACUUACAACGGGAGAUGAGUGAACGGCGUUCGAUGAGAAUGGAACCAUCUAUGAUGCCUUAUACUACUCAUGACCGUAGCCAAGGUGGUAGUCGAAAUUAUGGUGGUCCUUUGAAUACAAAUUACCAAUCUCCAUAUGUAGAAGAUUGGGUUAGUGAGGUGGGAACGGGACCGGACGAAAUGAUGCAAAGGCAAGCUGCAAUGGAAGGAGGUGGGGUUUUCUAUGAUGAGCGGGCCGGCAUUGGCCUGGAUGAUGGGUAUGGGAGAUCUAGAUUAGUUUGA